AUGACUACUCCAGGCCAGCAGGUUCCAGUGGAAUCAAUUAUCCUGCAAGUCCUCCAACAACUGCAGCAACAGCAGGCGGUGACAAGUCAGCUUCUCGCCAACCAACGGGAGGCCCAGGAACAACAUCGGAUGCUUAUGCAGCAGAAUCGUGAUGCUCUUCAGAAUAUUAGGUUGCAGAUUCCAGAGAGUCCGGAGACCAUCCUGGAUUCGAUCGGUGCAAAUAUAAAAGACUUCCGAUAUGACACGGAGGAAGGCGUUACGUUCGCAGCUUGGUUUUCACGAUAUGAUGAGUUAUUCGCGAAAGAUGCUGCAAGGUUAGAUGACGCAGCCAAAGUGAGGUUAUUAGUCCGGAAGUUGGGAGUAGCUGAACACGAACGCUUCCUGAGUUUCAUCAUGCCUAAGACUCCUAAGGAUUUUAACUUCCAGCAGGUCGUGAAUAAGCUCAAGACUUUGUUUGGAGCAGCGGAAUCAGUAAUUAGUAAGCGCUACCGUUGCUUACAGACAAUAAAGUCUCCAACAGAGGACUAUUUAUCUUAUGCUUGUCGCGUCAAUAAGAACUGCGUAGAGUUUGAACUGUCAAAGCUCUCAGAGGACGAAUUUAAGUCACUGGUAUUCGUCUGCGGAUUAAAAGGUGAAUCCGAUACUGAUAUCCGCACUCGUCUCCUUACUAAGAUCGAGGAUAGCAUAGCCGUCACUCUCGAACAGUUGUCGACCGAAUGUCAACGGCUGAUGAACCUUCGACAUGAUACAGCCAUGAUCGAGAGUGGUUCUAAUUCGGUCAACGUUAUCAGCGGAAAACAUCAGAAAUUUCGGAAGCAGACGAAACAGGAGAGUUUCCCGAAACGGUCACCACCGGCAAAUGAGAAGAAAAGGCCGUCUGGGCCGUGUUGGAAUUGUGGGUUGAUGCAUUUCAGCCGUGAUUGCACUUUCAAAAACCAUCAGUGUGCCGAAUGCAAGCGUUACGGCCACAAAGCAGGUUAUUGUGGAAGUGCCCAGAAAACGUCCCGUCCGAAUUUCAAGCGGAUGUCUCAGCGUGUACCAGUAGAUACUAAAACCGUCGAAGUAUCAGUGGGUGUAGUUCAAGAUAGACGAAAGUUCGUUUCUGUCAUGUUAAAUGGAGUGUCCGUUCGAAUGCAAUUUGAUACCGCUUCGGACAUAAGUGUCGUGUCUGUCCGUACAUGGAAGCAGCUAGGAAGUCCGGAAGGGAAAUCACCGUCGGUGAAUGCUAAAGCAGCCUCCGGAGACCCACUCAAACUAGUUUCACAGUUCGACUAUCCAGUGAGUGUCAAGGGUGUAACGCAUGUAGGUACGAUUUUCGUCACGGAGAGGGACUUGCACAUCCUAGGUCUGGAUCUAAUCGAAGCAUUCCAGCUUGAUUCGGUUCCAAUGAGUGCAUUCUGUAACGAAGUCUCCGUAUCAUCGCCGUUAGCGGAUCGUCUCAAAGCGCAGUAUCCGCAAGUUUUCAGCAGCGAGCUGGGUAAGUGUACUAAAACGGCAGUAAAGCUCGAACUCAAGCCAAACCAGCAGCCGGUGUUUCGACCCAAACGUCCAGUGGCGUAUGCCAUGUAUAAUACGGUGGAUGAUGAGCUAGAUCGGUUGGAGCGUAUGAAUAUCAUCACGCCGGUUGACUAUUCGGAGUGGGCGGCUCCGAAAAUAGUCCGAAAAGCGAACGGGAGCAUAAGAAUUUGUGGGGAUUACUCCACUGGUUUGAAUGACGCCAUUCAACCAAAUCAGUAUCCCUUGCCCCUUCCACAGGACAUCUUUGUAAAGCUCGGUAAUUGCAAGAUUUUCAGCAUAAUUGAUAUGUCCGAGUCCUAUCUUCAGCUGGAAGUCGACGAGCCCACCAGUUAA